CGAUUAUCCGAUGAUGCGCCGAAGCAUCUUCAACAUAACAACCUGAAACUUCACGCUCGACAACCUCCAUAUCUUUUCGAGCCUCCAGGCCAACGCUGCAGGCUGGGCUUUCGCAUAUGAUGCGAUAGUCAACACGAUAUCUAAUUCCCCCCCUGGCGGAUAGUAGCCUCGUCAUCCACAAGCCGCCAAAAUGUCCAACAACCCUUCCCUUCAUCUCGCCGAGUAUCUGGAGAGGCUGCCUGGCACGACCUUUAAGAAGUUGUACCAGCAGCCCUCCACGGCCUUUGCGAUUUUCAGGCGCAUGCUGCCGCAUCUGGCCAAGACAUUUGUCAUGAGAAUGUUGUUCAUGCCACAUCCCAUGACGCUGAACGAUCUAGAUGUCUGGGUGAAGCCUGAAGCCAAGCGGAAGAAGGAUCAAUCUCUCUCCAUCUUGAGAGGUCUCCAUAUUGUUCAAAUCUCCGCCCCGUCUAAGGAAAAGCCGCAGGAGAUCCAACUCAUGUCCAACUUUAAACGAUCUCUCCGACUCGCUCUCACCGGUGGCGGAAACCACAAUUCUUUUGGCGUACCUUCUUCCCUCCUCAUUCCGCCCGAAAUCGACCUGCCGUUCCUCGACCGAUACGCGCGUAAGAAGUGGGAAGACGUACUGCACUUUGUCGUCUCCAGCGUUGGCUAUAAGAGCGUCGGCGAUGGAUCUGGGCCUAACAAGGGCGUCAAGGAACUGCUCAUCGCGGGAAGACUUGUCGACAGACGACCAAACGGAGGAUUGGGCAUCACCCAAGCGGGGUUUACCUUCUUGCUGCAAGAGGCCAAUGCACAAGUCUGGACUCUGCUUUUGCUGUGGUUGGAUGUUCUGGGCAAUAACAAGGGCUCGGGAUUAGAUCCAGUCGACAUGCUCUCGUUCCUCUUCAUGCUUGCUAGCCUCGAGCUGGGGCGGGCAUACGACACCAAUGCGCUGACCGAAGAGCGGAGGAAUAUGCUUCCUUCUCUCGUCGACUUCGGCCUCAUAUACAUCCCCCAGCAUAAGCGCUCCAUGUUCUUUCCGACAAGACUGGCUACAACCCUUACGAGCGGAGGCAACAGUCUACGAACAAUCAGCGAGGGCGUCACAGCUGCCACCCAGUCAGCCCAGACAUCGCAGCAAUCCCUCGGGCCCCUCGGCGGCGGCGGCGGAGAGCAGCAAGCAGGCAGCGUCGUCAUCGAGACAAACUACCGCCUCUACGCCUACACCCAGUCCGCCCUCCAAAUCGCCGUCCUCGCCCUCUUCGCCAAGCUUAACAUGCGCUUCCCGGACAUGGUCGCCGGGCGCCUCUCCCGCGCCUCCAUCCGUCAGGCCAUUAACUUUGGCAUCACCGCCGACCAGAUCAUAUCCUACCUCGCAGCCCACGCCCACGAACAGAUGCACCGUACCGCCGCCCUCACCAACAAGCCCGUCUUGCCGCCCACAGUCGUCGACCAGAUCCGGCUGUGGCAGCUGGAGAACGAGAGGAUGAAGACGACGAGUGGCUUCUUGUUCAGAGACUUCACCGACGAUAAAGACUACCUCGACACGGCACGCUUUUCGGAAGAAAUUGGCGUGCUGGUUUGGAGAAAUGAUCAUGCGCGGAUGUUCUUUGCAAACAAGCAUGAGCAGAUUAAAGACUUCUUGAAGACGAGGAAGAGGGCGGAAUAAGCUUCUUUAUUACGCUACUCUUGCCUAUAAAAUAUCUUGACCUUUUUAUCAAUUAAUCGACGAAUUGCAUUAUAAUGAUUGAAAUUGAAAUAGGCGUCUGGCGCGUUAGGAAAUUGGACACUGGGGCAGUAAGCAUUGAUAGGCUGAACCCCAGAAAGAUACUACAUAUAUACUAUUAAGACAAAAGAAUAAAACAAGUAAUUCAUAUCCGU